ACGCGGGGACGCGGCUUUGUGCUGGCGGGUCGCGGGGCGCCCAUGGCGGAGUGCGGCCGGGGGGGCGCCGGCGGGGCCCUGCCCACCUCCCCGGGCCCGGGCCUCGGCGCCAGGGGCGCCCUCAAAGCCAGCGCCGGGGAGGGCGCCGACCCCGGGGGCGGUCGCCUGGGCCACGGGCGGGCGCGCUGUGACAGCGGCGGGGUUUCCAAUGGAGACUGCAGCCUCGGCGUGUCGGGGGACGAAGCCCGGGCCAGCCCCGCCAGGGGACCCCUGGGCGCCACGCUCGGGCCCCGAGACAGCAAGCCCGGAGGCCUGCCGCGCCGGAGCAGCAUCAUCAAGGAUGGUACAAAGCAGAAGCGGGAGCGGAAGAAGACCGUCUCCUUCAGUAGCAUGCCCACCGAGAAGAAGAUCAGUAGCGCCAGCGACUGCAUCAACUCCAUGGUUGAGGGCUCGGAGCUCAAAAAGGUCCGGUCCAAUUCGAGGAUUUACCAUCGCUAUUUCUUACUGGACGCUGACAUGCAGAGCUUGAGGUGGGAGCCAUCCAAGAAGGAUUCCGAGAAGGCCAAGAUCGACAUCAAGUCCAUCAAGGAGGUGAGAACUGGCAAGAACACGGACAUAUUCCGCAGCAACGGCGUUUCUGACCAGAUGUCUGAAGACUGUGCCUUCUCGGUCAUCUACGGUGAGAACUAUGAGUCCCUUGACUUGGUCGCCAACUCGGCGGAUGUUGCCAAUAUCUGGGUUACCGGACUGCGGUACCUCAUUUCUUACGGGAAGCAUACCCUUGACAUGCUGGAGAGUAGCCAAGACAACAUGAGGACUUCUUGGGUGUCCCAGAUGUUUAGUGAACUAGACGUGGACAACCUGGAACACGUAACUCUGUGCAGUGCUGUGCAGUGCAUCAGAAACCUCAACCCCGGGCUGAAAACGAGCAAGAUCGAGCUCAAGUUCAAAGAGCUGCACAAAGCCAAGGACAAGGCAGGGACGGACGUCACGCGGGACGAGUUUGUGGAGGUUUUCCACGAGCUCUGCACGAGGCCUGAAAUCUAUUUCCUUUUAGUUCAGUUUUCAAGCAAUAAAGAAUUCCUUGAUAUCAAGGACCUUAUGAUGUUUCUUGAGGCCGAGCAGGGCGUGGCCCACAUCAACGAGGAACUGAGCCUUGAAAUCAUCCACAAGUAUGAGCCCUCCAAGGAAGGCCAGGCCAAGGGCUGGCUCUCCAUUGACGGCUUCACCAAUUACCUUAUGUCCCCCGACUGUUACCUCUUUGACCCGGAGCACAAGAAUGUCUGUCAGGACAUGAAGCAGCCCCUGUCCCAUUACUUCAUCAACUCAUCUCACAACACGUACUUGAUCGAGGAUCAGUUCCGGGGUCCCUCCGACAUCUCGGGCUACAUCCGAGCCCUCAAGAUGGGCUGCCGGAGCGUGGAGCUCGACGUGUGGGACGGGCCGGACAACGAGCCGGUCAUCUACACGGGCCACACCAUGACCUCCCAGAUUGUCUUCCGCAGCGUCAUUGACAUCAUUAACAAGUACGCCUUCUUCGCGUCCGAGUACCCGCUCAUCCUGUGUCUGGAGAACCACUGCUCCAUCAAACAGCAGAAGGUGAUGGUGCAACACAUGCGCAAGAUCCUGGGGGACAAGCUGUACACGACGUCCCCCAACGUGGAGGAGUCCUACCUGCCGUCGCCAGACGUCCUCAAAGGGAAGAUCCUGAUCAAGGCCAAGAAGCUGUCCUCCAGCUGCUCCGGGGUGGAGGGGGAUGUGACGGACGAGGACGAGGGGGCCGAGAUGUCGCAGCGCGUGGGGAAGGACGGCGGGGAGCAACCCCCUGGGCACCUGGCCGCCAAGCGCUUCCAGCUCUGCAAGGAGCUGUCGGAGCUGGUGAGCAUCUGCAAGUCGGUGCAGUUCAAGGAGUUCCAGGCGUCGUUCCAGGCGCAGAAGUACUGGGAGGUGUGCUCCUUCAACGAGGUGCUGGCCACCAAGUACGCCAACGAGAGCCCCGGCGACUUCGUCAACUACAACAAGCGCUUCCUGGCACGCGUCUUCCCCAGCCCCAUGCGCAUCGACUCCAGCAACAUGAACCCGCAGGACUUCUGGAAGUGCGGCUGUCAGAUCGUGGCCAUGAACUUCCAGACGCCGGGCCUCAUGAUGGACCUCAACAUCGGCUGGUUCCGCCAGAAUGGCAACUGUGGCUACGUGCUGCGGCCCGCCAUCAUGCGGGAGGAGGUGUCCUUCUUCAGCGCCAACACCAAGGACUCAGUGCCCGGGGUGUCCCCGCAGCUCCUGCACAUCAAGGUCAUCAGCGGGCAGCACUUCCCCAAGCCCAAGGGCUCGGGGGCCAAGGGCGACGUGGUGGACCCCUACGUGUACGUGGAGAUCCACGGCAUCCCCGCCGACUGCGCCGAGCAGAGGACCAAGACGGUGCACCAGAACGGCGACACCCCCAUCUUCGACGAGAGCUUCGAGUUCCAGGUCAACCUGCCCGAGCUGGCCAUGGUGCGCUUCGUGGUGCUGGACGACGACUACAUCGGGGACGAAUUCAUUGGCCAGUACACCAUCCCCUUCGAGUGUCUGCAGACGGGCUACCGCCACGUGCCGCUGCAGUCGCUGGCCGGCGACGUGCUGGCCCACGCGUCCCUCUUCGUGCACGUGGCCAUCACCAACCGGCGAGGCGGCGGCAAACCCCACAAGCGGGGCCUGUCGGUGCGCAAGGGCCGGAGGGCCCGGGAGUAUGCCUCCCUGAGGACCCUGUGGAUCAAGCCCGUGGACGAAGUGUUUAGGAACGCCCAGCCGUCCAUCCGGGACGCCACGGACCUCAGAGAGAACAUGCAGAACGCAGUGGUGUCCUUCAAGGAGUUAUGUGGCCUGUCCUCCGUGGCCAACCUUAUGCAGUGCAUGUUGGCAGUGUCUCCCCGCUUCCUGGGCCCCGAUAAUGCCCCACUGGUGGUGCUGAACCUCAGCGAGCAGUACCCCACGAUGGAGCUGCAAGGGAUUGUGCCCGAGGUUCUGAAGAAGAUCGUCACCACCUACGACACGAUGAUUCAGUCCCUCAAGGCGGUGAUUGAAAAUGCAGAUGCUGUCUAUGAGAAGAUCGUACACUGUCAGAAGGCUGCCAUGGAAUUCCAUGAACACCUGCACAGUAUCGGCACCAAGGAAGGUCUGAAGGAGCGGAAGCUGCAGAAGGCAGUGGAGAGCUUUACCUGGAACAUCACCAUCCUGAAGGGGCAGGCGGACCUGCUGAAGUACGCCAAGAACGAGACUUUGGAGAACCUCAAGCAAAUCCAUUACGCUGCUGUUUCCUGUGGCCUGAACAAGCCGGGCACCGAGAACGCCGACAUGCAGAAGCCACGCCGGAGCCUGGAGGCCAUUCCCGAGAAAGCCAAUGAUGAAACUGGAGAAUGA